UCCAGUCGUCGCACCGGAGAAAGGUCGAGCAAGCGAGAUGGGUGAUUGCAGAUACCAGAUUUCGCAGUGCGCUUACAUAAAGUUCGUCCUUCACGCUCUGAAGCAUCGCUCCUCUUCCGUCAAUGGUCUCCUCCUCGGCCGGCUAUUAGAAGAUGGCGGAGGUGGCGCCGCUCCAACCGUUCUGAUCUCCGAUUCUGUCCCUUUAUCCCACUCCCAGAUCGGCGUCCUUCCUUACCUUGAGCUUGCCCUAAUCCAGGUUGAGGAGCAUUUUGCGUCCGAUGGUUUGACUAUUGUUGGUUACUACCACGCGAACGAGAGGUACGAUGAUACCGAGCUUAGUGGUGCCGCUAAGAAGAUUGGCGACCACAUCUUUCGAUACUUCCCUCAGGCGGCCCUGCUUUUGCUAGACAAUAAAAAGCUGGAAGGAUUGCCUAAAGGAAAGGGACGCGAUCCUGUGGCGCAGUUAUUUACAAGGGAUUCCUCUAGAAGCUGGCGGUCUACUGGAUCCGUAGGGAGCCCUCAGCUGACUACAAAAGAGCCUUCAGCCAAUGUAGUAUUAUUGGAUUUUAUGUCGACUGAGAAGUGGAAUGAAGUUGUGGACUUCGAUGAUCAUCUCGACGACAUCAGCAAGGACUGGCUGAAUCCCGAUCUCUUCAAAUAGAUUUGUUUUUUCCACGGGAACUCUUUAGUGAUCUGAUUUUGCUUCUAUGUUGGACGGUUGGCUUCUGAACUGGCAAAGUGAUUCUAAGUUGUUGCUAAUGGGAUUUUAUUUUGAUUUAUUUCCCUUUGUGAAAUCAAUUUUCUGAGAUAUGUUCCGAUCGAUGUGUGCUAUAUAUGCGACUAGUUGGGUUUGGUACAGUUGUUAUGGCUAUUUGAUGGGCUCCAUGCCACUCUUUUUUUU